AGUCUGAUGUGUACUUGGCAUGUGAGAAGGAUUCGCAUUUCAUUGCAAAAGUCAAAGCUUUUAGUUGCAGCCUAACUGUGAACGGAAUCAGAUCGGAUCGGACUAUUCAGACGCAGUGGAAAUAAUCUCAGUAGUGUUACAAAAACAUAUUUAAGUGAUUGGGAAAAAUGGAUUCAUCCCUAAAAUCGGCACCAUCCCCACCACCUUAUAAUAAACUCAAUAACAUCUAUCCGGAAAUGGAUACAUUCGAUCCAGUGCCAACCCAUGGCCAUGCUCCGGUGGCAGCAGCACCCACCACAUCGAGUGUAGCGCAAGUGUCACCACCUAUGAUCAACAUUCAUAACAUUGGAACGGAAACCAAUCAGCCCAUUGGGCCAAAACCCGUAAUAAUGACUUGUCCCCAGUGUCGAUGCCGCAACAAGACCCGUACUAAGCGUAGAGCAACAUUGAAAACUCAUUUGGCUUGUAUUCUGCUGACAUGCUGUGGCUGCUGUUGUAUACCCUAUUGUUUGGAUUCGUGUACCAAUUUGGAUCAUUUCUGUCCAACAUGUGAUGCAUUUGUGGGCACGUUUUCCACCUAAUGGCAUGUGUAUGUAUGUGGUUGAAGCAUUUUCCUGCAAAGGCCCCACAAAUCAAUUAUAAUUUAUAUAUUCAUAUGUAUUCAUAUUUUAUGUUUUUGCAUUUUUUUAAUAAAUAAUCUCUUUUUAUAUUA